CUAAAAUCGUGAUAUCGAAAAGGAUUCCAUUAGUUUGGUCCUUUAUGGGGUAGUUUACAUAUUCGUGGCCAGGAUUUGGUAGACAUCAUGGAGGAAAGUGCUUUAUUGACAAACAUAACCAUGAUUAUCACCAAGGAUAUACUCAUCGAUGAGGCCAAUAGCCAAAAGAAACCCAAACACUUCUUGUGGCAUGGUGAUCAAAGUAAUGACGAGGAUGAUAAAAUGAAAUUUCCAUUAUUAGCACCUAUGGAUGACGAAGAUGAAGAGUUUUUUGUAAAGCAACAAUUCUUCUCAAGCAAUACAACAAAAGAAAAGGAGGAUACUGAAACCUCAAAUCCCAGUACAAGUGGACACAUACUAAGGAACAGAUUAACGAGCGUUGGCAGAAAAUCCAAUAAAUUCUAUGAUCCACAGCAGAGGAGGGAUAGGGCAAGACAUUCAGAAACCAAACCUACAAGCAAAAAGCCCAAGGAACUAAACUUGCUCAACAAAUUUGAAAAUGUUGAGUUUGAAGGAUUCUUACACAUGAGUAAAAUGAGCUUUCUGAAAACCUUCCAAUUUAUCAAACAUUUGCUACAGCAAUCCACCUUUCCUGCCGGCAUACCAGCACAAACUGUAUUCUCGCUGGCCCUUUGGAAACUAACCACCGAUGAACAUUUUGAAGAAAUAUCACGACGUUUUCAUAUUCCACAGCCAGACUGUGAGCUUAUAGUCAGCCAGUUUUGGCACAUCAUUUCCGAUAAAUAUGAGUCCUACAUCAAAUGGCCUAAUUCUCAUUUAUUUCAACAAUUGCAGUUGCAAGGCUUUCAAAAACACCCCCAGUUGAAAAUAUUUCCAAAUCUCUUUGGUAUAUUGGCCCUCAAACGUUUGGAUAUAUUUCUCGCCUCAGAAGAUGCUGAAAUAUCCAUUGUAUUGCAAAUAGUUUGUAAUGUUGAUCAAAAAGUUAUUGACUGUUUUGUGGAAUUGGAACAGGAGUAUAGCUUUGAUGAAACGCCCAUGGGACAAAUAUUGGCCUUGAAUGAAAACACAAUGCCCAAAGGUUGUUAUUUGCUGGGUAACAAAAGUUUCCCCUUGAAGCCGUAUCUAAUGAAACCCGUCACCAAUCCAUGUUUUCGUAAGGAACAUGAAUUUAAUCGUCUGUUGGAACCAGCACUGCGUCUGGGUCAGGAUACUUUGGAUAUUAUGGCCAAGCGAUUUAAUGCCCUGUAUGCAUUGGAAGCUAGAGACUUGGCAGAGGUUCGAAAAAUCCUAGAAACUGUGUGUGCUUUGCAUAAUUUAAGUGUGGCCAUUGAAGAUGAUUAUGUUGAGCGAAAACGUGAAGUUGUUAAAUUCAAUUGGGCCAGCGAUACAAAUAUUAAUGGCAGUUCUGUGGGCAGUGAACAAAAUGUCCAGGGUUUGCAACGGAGGAAUGAUCUCAUCGAUAGGAUUGUGAGCAAUUGAGGAAGAUGUUUUGAAAACAAAUAGGGAACAUUAAAAAAUUAACUUAAUAAGAAUACUCAAUACAAAAAAUAAGUUAGAAAUAUUUUCUAACCUACAAGAAUCUACUACUUUUGCAUUUUUUCUCGAUGUCAUAAAGGAAAACAUUUUUAGUCUUUGAUUAAUAAAAUUAAAGUUACUAAAUACUGUACACUAAA